AAUAAUAGAAAUUCAACAAAUAGAUCACAAAAUAGAAACAAUACAACAAGUAAAGGUGGAGGAAGAAAUGGAACUAAAGCAAAUGGAAAAAAUAGUGGGCGACGAAAUAAAUCAAGAGAUGAUUCUUCAAGCAAAAACAUACAAAAACGCCCACAUAAACCUAAAAAUAAGCCCACAAGGAAACAAGCAAAAAAUGAAAGCAAACAACGUAAAACAGAUAACAAUUGCAAUAAAAAAUCAACAAAUAAACCCCAAAACAGAAAUAGUGCAACUAGAAGAGGAAGAAGAAAUAAAAGUAAAAUGAACAAGAAAAACCAAGGGCCACCAAAGAUAUCUAAAGGUAAUUCAUCAAGCAAAAAUAAACAAAAACGUCCAAAGAAAAAACAGGAAAAUGUAGUUUUAAAAAAUAAUACAAAACCAAAUAAAUCAACAAGCAGGAAGGAUAAAAAAAAUAAAUUGAUGAAUAGAUCGCAGAAUAAAAACAAUACAACAAGUCAACGUGGAGAAAGAAAUAACAGUAAAGUAACUGCACAGAACAGUUGGGGACAAAAGAAAUCAAAAAGCAAUUCGUCAAGCAAAGAUGUACAAAAACGUGCAAGUACAUCUAAAAAUAAAAACUCAACAAACAAACCUAAAAACAGAAACAGUACUACUAGAAAUGGAGGAAGAAAUAAAAGUAACAAGAACAAGAAAAACAAUAGGCCACCGAAGAAAUCUGACAGUAAUCCUCCAAGUAAAAAUAGACAAACACGUCCAAAGAAGAAACAGGAAAAUGUGGUUUUAAAAAAUGAUACCAAACAAAAUAAAUCAACAAGCAGAAAGAAUAAUAAUAGAAAAUCAACAAAUAGAUCUCAAAAUAGAAACAAUACAACAAGUAAAGGUGGAGGAAGAAAUGGAAGUAAGGCAACUGGAAAAAACACUGCGGGACAAAAUAAACCAAGGGGUAAUUCUUCAAGCAAAAAUAGACAAACCCGUCCAAAGAAGAAACAGGAAAAUGAGGUUUUAAAAAAUGAUACCAAACGAAAUAAAUCAACAAGCAGGAAAGGCAAUAAUAGAAAUUCAACAAAUAGGUCUCAAAACAGAAAUAAUACAACAAGUAAAGGUGGAGGAAGAAAUGAAAGUAAAGCAAAUGGAAAAAACACUGCGGGACAAAAUAAAUCAACAAGCAGGAAGGGUAAUAAUAGAAAUUCAACAAAUAGAUCUCAAAACAGAAAUAGUGCAACAAGUAAAGGUGGAGGAAGAAAUGGAAGUAAUGCAAAUGGAAAAAACACUGCGGGACAAAAUAAAUCAACAAGCAGGAAAGGUAAUAAUACAAAUUCAACAAAUAGAUCUCAAAACAGAAAUAAUACAACAAGUAAAGGUGGAGGAAGAAAUGGAAGUAAUGCAAAUGGAAAAAACACUGCGGGACAAAAUAAAUCAACAAGCAGGAAGGGUAAUAAUAGAAAUGCAACAAAUAGAUCUCAAAACAGAAAUAAUACAACAAGUAAAGGUGGAGGAAGAAAUGGAAGUAAAGCAAAUGGAAAAAACACUGCGGGACAAAAUAAAUCAACUAGCAGGAAGGGUAAUAAUAGAAAUUCAACAAAUAGAUCUCAAAACAGAAAUAAUACAACAAGUAAAGGUGGAGGAAGAAAUGGAAGUAAUGCAAAUGGAAAAAACACUGCGGGACAAAAUAAAUCAACAAGCAGGAAGGGUAAUAAUAGAAAUUCAACAAAUAGGUCUCAAAACAGAAAUAAUACAACAAGUAAAGGUGGAGGAAGAAAUGAAAGUAAAGCAAAUGGAAAAAACACUGCGGGACAAAAUAAAUCAAUAGGUAAUUCUUCAAACCCAAACAUACAACAACGUCCAGGUCAAUCUAAAAAUAUACUAAGAAAAAAUAAUUCAAAAAAUGAAAGCAAACGACGUAAAACAGAAGAUAAUAAGGAAAAGACAUCAACAAAUAAACCCAAAAACAACAAUGGUACGAGUAGAAGUGGAGGAGGAAAUAAAAGUAAAUGGAAGAAGGAAAACAACAGGGUACAAAAGAAAUCAAAAAAUAAUUCUUUAAGCAAUAACAAACAAAACCAUCUUGCUAAAUCUACUAACAAACCCAAAAGAAAUAAUGAAAAAAACCUAAGCCAACAAAAUAGAACAACAAACAGAAAGGAUAACAGUCAAAAUAAACAAUCAACAAGAGAAUCACAAAAUAGAAACAGUAAAGCAAAACAGAAAAACAAUAAAGGAUCCCCAAGCAAACAUAAUUCCAAAUUUCUUAAUUGUAACAAUAAUGAGCAAAGCAAGACUGCAAAUUUGAGUAAUAAAACAUUUAAAUCUCCCUUGCAUCCAUUUGCUAUUGCUUCCAGUUCUGUUGUUGGAAUUCCCAAAAGCUCAGGAUGUGCUGGUGCUGGUAAAAAUUAUGUCCACACCAGUUUGAGUGGUGCUACAGCUUUGGCAGGAUAACCAUCUUAAAUCAACUAAUACUCUUCAGAAAUUUAUGCAUGGAAUUAAUUUUUU